AUGUCCUUCCAGGACUUGAAUAACCAGGGAGCAUUCUAUGUCACCUCGGCUAAUGGUUUAGCUGCAUCCGUUUCGAUUGUUUCCGGAUCAAUCCGGAAUUCUGGCCUUCUUGCUUUUAACUCCUCGCGUGCCAGCGUUGUGAGUGCCUAUAAUUUGAACUCAAUUGGGGUGUUCAAUAACACUGGUAACAUGUGGUUUGGAAUUAGCGGUUUUGCAAUUGCUCCAAUCAAUCUUGGUUCCACUACCAACUGGGAGAAUACUGGAAGAAUUCAUCUUACCCAGGCUAGAGGAAUCUCUUCCGAUGUAAGAAUUACUCAGACAUUUGGGAGAGUGGAUAACCAUGGUACUGUUUGUCUCACCAAUAUGAACUGGAUCCAGUCGACUUCUAUAGAGGGAAACGGUUGUAUCAAUGUUGGAGAUCUGGCUAGACUUCAGCUCCAGCUUGAUCCUUGGGAUGUCUCCUCAAAUCAAACCAUCUUUCUUUCACGCUCGAAUUCUCUCUUGUCUGUGGCUGGAUUGUCAACUGGUCUCACCGGAACGAAGACGUACCUUGUGAGAGGUUUUGGUGGUGGAAAUCAGAUCAGAAUCAAUCUCGGUUUCGAUUCUUGGAGCUAUUCGAAUAAUGUGUUGACCCUUUCCUUUUUCUUCGGUGUGUUCAGAUUAGGGUUUAACAUUGGUCCUGGGUAUCUGAGAUCCGGCUUCUCGACCAACGGUCUCGGAAAUAGUGGUACUCGAAUCUCUUACAACAACCCAUACUUCAGAGAUAUUCCUGACAUAUGCCGCUGUGAAGACUUCCCUGAACCCCCCAUCGAUCCUGACGACCCUUCAGCUACAGUUUCUAUCUCGGAAUCAGAUCUGUUUCCCACAACAACAUGGACCACAACCGAUGAGGAUGGUAACACUAUAACAGAUUCCGGAAUAGAAAUACCAACUACUGAUGAGGACGGCGACCCAACUACUUCUACUUCAACCAUCGAAACACCAGCAGACCCUUCAGAUCCGGUCACCACGACUUGGACCCACACUGAUGAGGAUGGAAACCCAACCACGGAUUCUGGUGUUGUUAUUGAGACCACCGACGAGGAUGGUAAUGACAUUACAUCAACGUCGACUUUCCCUCCAACGACACCAACUGAUCCUUCAGAUCCUGUGCCCACGACGUGGACUCACACUGACGAAGAUGGCGAGCCAACCACUGAUUCUGGUAUCGUCAUCACCACUACCGAUGAGGAUGGAAACGAGAUUACGUCAACAUCGACUUUCCCACCUACCACACCAACUGAUCCAAGUGAACCAAUCACGACGACUUGGACUCACACUGAUGAGGACGGUAAUCCAACCACGGAUUCUGGUGUGGUAAUUGAGACUACUGAUGAGGAUGGCAACUUGGUUACUACCACAUCUACGUUCCCUCCAACGACGCCAACUGAUCCUUCCGAUCCUGUGACCACGACUUGGACUCAUACUGACGAAGAUGGUAACCCAACCACGGAUUCCGGUGUUGUCAUUGAGACAACUGACGAGGAUGGAAACUCCAUAACCACCACAUCAACGUUCCCUCCAACUACCCCAACCGAACCGGGUGAACCAAUCACGACAACGUGGACCCACACUGAUGAGGAUGGCGAGCCAACUACUGAUUCUGGUGUUAUUAUUGAAACAACCGAUGAGGACGGAAACGAGAUCACGUCAACAUCGACUUUCCCACCAACGACGCCAACUGAUCCAUCAGAUCCUGUUACGACAACGUGGACUCAUACUGAUGAAGAUGGUAAUCCAACCACGGACUCCGGUGUCGUGAUCGAAACGACCGAUGAGGAUGGUAACUCCAUAACCACCACAUCGACUUUCCUACCAACCACACCAACUGAUCCAUCAGACCCUGUGACCACGACUUGGACUCAUACUGAUGAAGAUGGUAAUCCAACCACGGACUCCGGUGUCGUGAUCGAAACGACCGAUGAGGAUGGUAACUCCAUAACCACCACAUCGACUUUCCCACCAACCACACCAACUGAUCCAUCAGACCCUGUGACCACGACUUGGACCCACACUGAUGAGGAUGGAAACCCAACGACAGACUCUGGAAUUGUGAUUGAGACAACGGACGAAGAUGGUAACGAGAUUACAUCAACAUCGACUUUCCCUCCAACGACACCAACUGAUCCUUCCGAUCCUGUGACGACAACUUGGACUCAUACCGACGAGGAUGGAAACCCAACGACAGACUCCGGUGUUGUGAUCGAAACGACUGAUGAGGAUGGAAAUGAGGUUACAUCAACAUCAACAUUCCCACCAACGACACCAUCUGAUCCAAGCGAGCCAAUCACCACGACGUGGACGCACACCGACGAGGAUGGUAACCCAACGACGGAUUCUGGAGUUGUGAUCGAAACGACUGACGAGGAUGGCAACUUGGUGACUACCACAUCAACGUUCCCAUCAACGACGCCAACUGAGCCCGCUGAACCGAUCACAACAACUUGGACCCACACUGACGAGGAUGGCAACCCAACAACGGAUUCUGGUGUUGUUAUUGAAACCACCGACGAGGAUGGUAACGAGAUCACCACUACGUCGACCUUCCCUCCAACGACGCCAACUGAUCCUUCAGACCCAGUGACCACGACGUGGACUCAUACUGAUGAGGACGGUAAUCCAACUACGGAUUCUGGUGUGGUAAUUGAGACUACUGAUGAAGAAGGUAACUCCAUUACAACAACGUCGACCUUCCCUCCAACCACACCAACGGAUCCAAGUGAGCCAAUCACGACAACGUGGACUCAUACUGAUGAGGAUGGUAACCCAACCACGGAUUCUGGUGUCGUCAUCGAAACAACUGAUGAAGAAGGUAACUCCAUUACAACAACGUCGACCUUCCCUCCAACCACACCGACUGAUCCUUCAGAUCCGGUUACAACAACGUGGACCCACACUGACGAAGAUGGCAACCCAACAACGGAUUCUGGUGUUGUUAUUGAGACCACCGACGAGAAUGGUAACGAGAUCACCACUACCUCAACGUUCCCACCAACAACACCAACCGAGCCGGGUGAGCCAAUCACCACGACGUGGACCCACACUGAUGAGGAUGGUAACCCAACCACGGAUUCUGGCGUCGUCAUCGAGACUACUGACGAGGACGGUAACUCCAUUACCACCACAUCGACAUUCCCUCCAACUACCCCAACGGAUCCAAGUGAGCCAAUUACGACAACCUGGACUCAUACUGACGAGGAUGGCAACCCAACAACGGAUUCUGGUGUUGUCAUUGAGACCACCGACGAGGAUGGAAAUGAGAUUACCACUACCUCGACGUUCCCACCAACAACACCAACUGAUCCUUCAGACCCUGUGACAACAACUUGGACCCACACCGACGAGGAUGGCAACCCAACGACAGACUCUGGUGUUAUUAUUGAGACAACCGAUGAGGAUGGUAAUUUGGUGACUACCACAUCAACAUUCCCACCAACGACAACUGAUCCUUCAGAUCCUGUCACAACGACUUGGACCCACACCGACGAGGAUGGCAACCCAACCACCGAUUCUGGUGUUGUGAUCGAGACAACGGACGAAGAUGGUAAUGAGAUCACUUCAACUUCAACAUUCCCUCCAACAACGCCAACGGAUCCAAGUGAGCCAAUUACGACGACUUGGACCCACACUGAUGAGGAUGGUAACCCAACCACGGAUUCUGGUAUCGUUAUCGAGACAACCGAUGAGGAUGGCAAUGAGAUCACUUCAACUUCAACCUUCCCUCCAACAACGCCAACGGAUCCAAUCACCACAACAUGGACCCACACUGAUGAGGAUGGCGAGCCAACCACCGAUUCUGGAAUCGUCAUUACCACUACCGACGAGGACGGAAACGAGAUCACGUCAACAUCGACUUUCCCACCAACGACGCCAACUGAUCCAUCAGACCCUGUGACCACGACGUGGACACACACUGAUGAGGACGGUAAUCCAACCACGGAUUCUGGUGUUGUGAUCGAGACAACGGACGAAGAUGGUAAUGAGAUCACCACCACAUCAACGUUCCCACCAACGACGCCAACGGAUCCAUCAGAUCCUGUGACGACGACUUGGACUCACACUGACGAAGAUGGCAACCCAACAACGGAUUCUGGUGUCGUCAUUGAGACAACCGAUGAGGAUGGCAACGAGAUCACCACCACAUCGACUUUCCCUCCAACUACACCAACGGAUCCAAGUGAGCCAAUUACGACAACCUGGACUCAUACCGACGAGGAUGGAAACCCAACCACAGACUCUGGUGUUGUCAUUGAGACCACCGACGAGGAUGGAAAUGAGAUUACCACUACCUCGACGUUCCCACCAACAACACCAACUGAUCCUUCAGACCCUGUGACAACAACUUGGACUCACACUGACGAAGAUGGCAACCCAACCACGGAUUCUGGUAUCGUUAUCGAGACAACUGAUGAAGAUGGUAACUCGAUCACUUCCACGUCGACCUUCCCUCCAACCACACCAACCGAACCGGGUGAACCAAUCACGACAACUUGGACCCACACUGAUGAGGACGGCAAUCCAACGACAGACUCUGGUGUGGUAAUUGAGACUACUGACGAGGAUGGAAAUGAGGUUACAUCAACAUCAACGUUCCCACCAACGACGCCAACCGAUCCAAGUGAGCCAAUCACGACAACUUGGACUCAUACUGACGAGGACGGUAACCCAACCACAGAUUCUGGUGUUGUUAUUGAGACCACCGACGAGGAUGGAAAUGAGAUUACCACUACCUCGACGUUCCCUCCAACGACGCCAACUGAUCCUUCAGAUCCUGUGACAACGACGUGGACUCACACCGACGAGGAUGGUAACCCAACGACAGACUCUGGUGUCGUUAUUGAGACUACGGAUGAAGAUGGCAACUUGGUUACUACCACGUCGACCUUCCCUCCAACGACGCCAACGGAUCCAAGCGAGCCAAUCACCACGACGUGGACUCAUACUGAUGAAGAUGGUAAUCCAACCACGGACUCUGGUAUCGUCAUCGAAACGACUGAUGAGGAUGGAAAUGAGACUACCUUAACGUCCACGUUCCCUCCAACGACGCCAACGGAUCCAAGUGAGCCAAUCACGACAACGUGGACCCACACUGAUGCGGAUGGUAACCCAACCACCGAUUCUGGUAUCGUUAUCGAGACAACCGAUGAGGAUGGCAAUGAGAUCACUUCAACUUCAACGUUCCCUCCAACGACGCCAACUGAACCUUCAGACCCUGUGACCACGACUUGGACUCAUACUGACGAGGAUGGUAACCCAACCACGGAUUCUGGAAUUGUGAUUGAGACCACCGACGAGGAUGGAAAUGAGAUUACCACUACCUCGACGUUCCCUCCAACGACGCCAACUGAUCCUUCAGACCCUGUGACGACGACGUGGACUCAUACUGAUGAGGAUGGCGAGCCAACCACUGAUUCUGGAAUCGUCAUCACCACUACCGAUGAGGAUGGUAACGAGAUCACGUCAACAUCGACUUUCCCACCAACGACGCCAACUGAUCCUUCAGGUCCUGUGACCACGACGUGGACUCAUACUGACGAGGAUGGUAACCCAACCACUGAUUCUGGUAUCGUUAUCGAGACAACUGAUGAGGAUGGCAACGAGAUCACUACCACAUCAACGUUCCCUCCAACAACCCCUACUGAACCAGGUGAGCCAAUAACGACAACUUGGACCCAUACGGACGAAGACGGCAAACCGACUACGGGGUCUGGCGUUGUCAUCGAAACCACAGAUGAGGACGGAAACUUGAUCACCACAACGUCAGUUUUGCCAGACAUGACGAGUUUUACCUCUGUCUGGACCACCACAGGCUCUGAUGGAGAGGAUAUCACCAAGUCCGAUAUUAUCAUAGUCACAACUGAUUCGGAUGGUGAAUUGACGACCAGUACCGUUGGUGAGGAUGAUCCAUCGGAAGAUUUGACUACUUUCACCACAAAGCGCACUUCAACUGCUACCGAUGGUUUCGUAACCACGAAGACUGAUACAGUCAUUGUGACAACCUGUCCUGAUGGCUCAUUGACCACAAGCACCUUAGACCACCCAGGUGAGAAGACCAGCUACACGUCGAUUUAUACGACGACCGAUAAAGACGGUGCUGAUGUCACAAGCUCUGCCAUGGUUAUCAUCACCACUGAUUCUGAUGGAUCUCCCACGACACAAACGUCACAGUUGUUCCCUGAAACGACCUCCACGGUGACCAAGACCGACAGCGAUGGUCAUGUUGUCACGAAAACCAUCGUGAUCUGCGAGACUACAGAUGAGGAAGGUGAGUUGGUGACCACAACUUCGACUCGCCCAGACUUCACGACAUUUGUGUCACACGAAGAGGACGGCGAUGAGAAGACUGUCACAGCGACGGUCAUCAAGACCGUCAUUCACGGUGUAACCACCACUUACACCUCAAUCUGUCCAGAUAAGAGCACGUCAAUUACGUCCACGUUCAAGACUACCAAGGAUGAUGGCAAGGUGGAGACUUCCCUUGUUGUUGUGGGCGAAGAUUCUGAUGGACACACCAGCACUUAUACUGUACCAGCCACAACUGAUCGGGAGGAUGAAGAGGUACCAUCCGAACCAACCUCGGAUGGUGAUGCUCCUCCACCAGUUUCAGACGAGACUGCCGUCGAUGAGGUGCCCACAGAGGAAACUUCUGCCUCUGAAACGCCUGAAGAUGACACAACUGAAGAUGAACCAUCGUUUGAAGGCGCUGGAUCGCGUCCUAACCUUGGAGCUGCUUUGUUGAUUCCCGUGGGACUUUUUGUGCUUUUCUAG